CGUCCUCUCGCCCCCCUCUCUCCUACCGUCCUAUGCACCUCCCUCGGAUCUCGAUCCGCCGCCGCCCUCUCCCUCCCUCAGAUCUCGAUACGCCGCCGCCCCCAAACCCACCGAGGCCGGGCCGACAUGAGCGCCCUAAUCCUAGCGACUGUUGUCGCCCCCUGGAUCCUAUUCCACAUCGCCUCCGGAUACAUGGCCCUGUCGCUGGCCGCCGCCGUGCUCCUCCUCCUCCUGGCCGUGCUGUACGCGUGGUCUAGGGCCACGCACCUCCUCGGCCACCCCGCGCCGCCCAUCCCUGACCUGCAGCCGGCGGCCAACGAGCUCGCCGCGCUCAUCCGCUCCGGCCUCGCCGGCAUCGCCUUCGCCUUCCGACGCGUCGCGUAGGGCCAGCCCAGCUCCAGGCGCAUCUUCGCCUGUCUCGCUACCGCCGCCCUGCUCGCUAGGCUCGCGCACAACCUCCCCACAUGGUGCUACGCAGUUGUGGUGGGCGCCGGAAACCCUACCUGUUGGAGCGCGGCCAUGGCGACCGACCGCAAGCGCAGGACUUGGACUUGGACAACGGUGGUAUGGUAGGCGUCAUGGAGUGGAGCUUGCUCUGUCCUGGCGCCAUGGAUUCUUUUUCGCGUGAAGCUCUUUCUUCCUCCAGCACAAGAAUGUACAAGCAACAUCCAAGGACGGACCCGGCGGAAAACCCAUGGUGCCAUCUGCGUGCUAAUUUGUCGAGCUUUCCUUUUGAUUUCACGGGUGCCCAGAAUUUGAAAAAGAUGAAGCGUAGAAGCAAAAUCGGAAAAGAAAUCAUUGCUGCGGAGAAGGUGGUGCUGGGGAUCUUGAAGACGGUGAAGAACCCGCGCAGCGCCGUGCUCAAGACCUCUAUGAUGGCCAUUCAUGCUUCGCAAAGCUAACUCCUUCCCUGGGGGAGCUAGAUGUAUGAUGUACGGCAACGGGAAUGGUGAGCUGGGACAACCAGAUCGAGUCCCUUCUCUACAUGUUGGUUUUGCUCCCUUGCACAGCAGUAAAUGACAUAUCACAUUUUCAUAACGUACGAUGCAGCAAAAGUUGUGUGCUACCCUUUGUUUGUUGGUUGUUAUUUUGUGAUACACCUUUCCUCAAAUACCGAUCUGUACUGCCCUGUUAUUAUGCCCCACCAUAUGUGCAUUUAUGCUUGUUCGCCCCAGCCUAGUUGAUGAACUAUUCACCAUAUAGCUCAACUAAUAUACAACUUGCUGUUUGAUUCUUGUAGUGUACCAUCGAAUGAUCAGUUCACCAACAUUUACUUCUGUACCUGUGCUCUCUAGAGAUGUUCAUGUCUGCAAUCCCGAAUUGAUGAUCUUGCCCUCUUCUGAGUUGGUUUGAUGAUUUGACCUGAUCUGAGUUGUUUGGUUAAUGAUCUUAAUGCCUCAGACAAUGAAGUGCUUUUUUUACUGCCAGAAUAUGUGAUAAAGCAACAAAAAAGGCAACCACAUACAAAGGAUCCUGCGCAUGGAAUGGAUCCUGUUGGGUGCUAAUUCUAGUUAUUUUAUAUGAAGAAACACUUACCGUGCAGCCAUCUAAUAUGAAAUUCUAAUAAUAUGUGAUGCCUGAUUGUUUUUUAGUUGUAUAUGCCAUUCGUGCAUGAAUUCCUUUUCUUAUGAACCAACUCCCUAAUCAUGUUUUGUGUUUUUAGUUCGCUAUCUUAGGAGAACCUGGUGUGCUAUAUGGGGAAGCAAAGCAGCAGCCCACAACUCCGACUUGCGACUCCAGAUGAAGGCACCACGAUGCACCAUGCUGCUCCCUUGGAAGGUCGGCUGAGCGACGCAGCGGCGAAGGCAGUGAACGAGCUGCUGUCGUCGGGCGCCGCUGGCAACCUGAGCUCCUUAGGGGUUGUUUUAAACCGCAAAUGAUCUACUGUAUCAAUUUUUUGCUGUUCAAAGAUUGAAAUCAUGGUUCAUUUUCAAAGAUUGAAAUGUUGUUGACCCUAUUCUUCUAUGCUUAAAUGGUAAAAAUGUCGCAUUUUGCUUGUUCUAACCAUUUUUCUUGAUAACUUGCAGAUGCUGGCCUUCAUUCAUGUUUUGUCGUGAGGUUCAGGAUGAACAAGUUGGGAGAAGCAUUGGAGCUAGUUAUACUGUGAUAGUUGUGUUACCUGAUGUGAACAUUUUUUUAUUGUAAACUUGAUGUGAACCAUAUUUUUCUGUAAUAAUGUGUUACCAGGAUGAACCAUCCUUGCUGUGUUACCAGGAUGAACAAGUUUGAUUGUAAUAAUGUGCCAAGUUUGGCUCUUUCUGAUUGUAUUCGUGAUGUGUACCAUAUUUUUCCUGAUUAGUUGUGCUCUGUUUGAAGAA